AUAAAUACUAUUUUCAUUAUAUGUAAUGUAAUCAAUAUUGCAAUAUAAUAUGUUGUUAUGUGAACAUAUGAUCUAUUCUGUCAUCCACAUUACAACAUUAACUUCCAAAUCUAAUGAUUGACUGAAACUGAACCCCACUUCACCUCUAAAUCAACUAAGAUAAACAUUGCUAAUAAAUUACAACUCUCUCACCUGAAGAAUAAAUAGAAAUCUAAAGAAAUGAUAAAAUAAGGAAGAGGAACAACAUCACAUUAGAGGAAAACCCCUCUAGUACAAUAAACAUUGUAAAUAACUAAAAAAGCUAUAAAAUGCCUGUAGUGCAGGAACAACAGGAAUUAAAUUUUCUAUUGGCUUCUUUAAAGAAUUACUCUUUGAAUUGUAGCCGUGGGGAGAGAUUUUUAGUUAGAUUGAUAAGAGUCAUGGGAACUCCGCCUAAGUAGCUUACGCUUAGCCAGUCCCAAGCUCAGAUAAAGGAUGAGGGUUGCGGUAGGUGAUAAACCAGCGUAAAAAUUUCGUCACACCUUAUGAUAUGGAUUCAAAUGAUAUAAACGUUGGGGCGUCCUCUACUCACGAUGUGCUACAUCGGAGCCCAGGUGUAGUGAGAAAUAUGCAAGGGUCUAGGGAGUUCACCGAAAGCGAUGAGCCAUGCCUACGCCCGGGUGUGGGAUUAAGUGAGCAAGGUUUCCCACAUCAUGGACGGGUGUGGGUGGUGUGGGUAAAGAAGUUAGUCCAUAGGACAGAUAGUAAAACAGAUAGUGGAACAGAACACAAGAUAGAUAUAGAAAACAAUAGAAGAUAUCAUAAAAGGAGACCAAUUAGGAAGGAGCAGGAUAGGAGGAGGAUCAGGGUUGGUACUUGGAAUGUUGGAUCACUUACAGUAAAAUUAAUGGAGCUUGUGGAUACCUUGGAAAGGAGAAAGGUGAAUAUUGCUUGCAUUCAGGAGACUAAAUGGGUAGGAGAGAAAAGUAAGAAAGUGGGUAAUUCAGGGUACAAACUGUGGUUUACCGGAAAGGAGAGAAACAAGAACGGAUGGGCAUAAUCAUAGACAGGACAUUGAAAGACGCAGUAAUAGCUAUGAAAAGAGUAGGAGAUAGAAUUAUACUAGUAAAACUAGUACUAGAAGGAGAAAUAAUAAAUAUAGUUAGUGCUUAUGCCCCACAAAUAGGACCAGACAGUGAGAGUAAACAAAGGUUUUGGGAAGAUAUGGAUGAUUUAAUGCAAAGCAUACGGAAUGAAGAGUAUGUUUUCAUUGGUGAAGAUUUGAAUGGACAUGUAGGAAGUGAUAGACAAGGUUAUGAGAAUGUCCAUGGAGGUUUUGGUUUUGGCAGUCGAAAUGAGGAGGGAAAAAGCAUCCUGGAUUUUGCUAUAGCAUACGACCUAAUACUAGCAAAUACUUACUUUAUAAAAAGAGAGUCACAUUUAGUGACUUUCAAAAGUAGGCAACAUAGAAGCCAAAUCGACUUCCUCUUAACCAGGAAGACAAAUAAAGCUCUAUGCAAGAAUUGCAAGGUCAUUCCAGGAGAGGCUUUAACAAGUCAACAUCGAUUGGUGGUCUUGGAUGUCAAGUUUAGGAACAAUUCAAGUAAGGUCAGAAGAAAUAGUGUAGCUUUAACAAAGUGGUGGGAGUUUAAAGGAGUAAAGCAAGUGAAGUUCAAAAAUGAGCUUCUCGAAUCCAAAGUAUGGAAGCUGGAUAUGGAGACCAAUGAUAUGUGGAUACAGAUGGCAUCAAAGAUUAGAGAAGUAGCUAAAAAAGUACUUGGAGAGUCUAAAGGACAUGGACCACCCUCAAAAGAGAGAUGGUGGUGGAAUGAGGAAGUACAAAAGGCAGUGAAGAGAAAAAAGGAAUGGUAUAAGAAAUUACCUAAAUGUGAUAAUAAUGAGGCAUAUGAACAGUAUAAGAUAGCAAAGAAAGAGGCAAAAAAGGCAGUUAGUCAAGCAAGAGCACAGGCCUUUGAAAAGUUAUAUGAGAAACUUGAAACUAAAGAAGGGGAGAAAAAUAUUUAUAGAUUAGCAAGGAGGAGAGAAAGGAAAUAUCAAGAUCUGAAUCAAGUUAGGUGCAUUAAGGAUAAAGAAGAAAAAGUGUUAGUGAAAGAUGAGGACAAUAAAGAAAGAUGGAUAAAUUAUUUUAAUGAUCUUUUUAAUAAUAGUCAAAAUGGUAAUAGCGUGAAUAUAGACUAUAGAACAAUAGAAAAGAAUGUGAAUUAUACUAGAAUGAUUAGAUCUUUAGAAGUAAAGAAAACACUUAAGAGAAUGAAAGUGGGUAAAGCCUGUGGACCUGAUGAAAUACCAAUUGAAGUGUGAAAAUGUUUGGGAGAUAUGAGAGUGGCAUGGUUAACUAAAUUAUUUAAUAAUAUUCUAAACUUAAAGAAAAUGCCUGAUGAAUGGAGGAGGAGUAUUUUAGUAUCUAUUUUUAAAAAUAAGGGAGACAUACAGAGUUACUCAAACUAUAGAGGAAUUAAACUCAUGAGCCAUACUAUAAAGUUGUGGGAGAGAGUUAUGGAGCAUCGACUACGUCAUGAUACUUCUAUCUCUCUCAAUUAAUUUGGUUUCAUGCCCAGUCGUUCAACUAUGGAAGCGAUCUUUCUCAUUAGAAGCUUGAUGGAGAAAUAUAGAGAUGUGAAGAAAGAUCUACACAUGGUUUUUAUUGAUUUAGAGAAGGCUUAUGAUAGAGUUCCAAGAGAUAUCUUAUGGAAUGUGUUAGAACAAAAGAGGGUAUCUAUUAGGUACUUACAAGUGUUGAAAGAUAUGUAUGAAGAAGCAACUACUAUUGUGCGCACAGUGAGAGGGGAUACAAGAGAUUUUCCGAUCUCAAUUGGAUUAUACCAAGGAUUAGCCAUAAGCCCUUACCUUUUUACAUUAGUUUUAGAUGAAUUGACGAAACAUAUACAAGAGAGUAUUCCUUGGUGCAUGUUAUUUGUGGAUGAUAUUGUUCUGAUAGAUGAGACACGAGAAUGAGUCAAUAGAAAUCUAGAGCUUUGGAGAAGUACUCUAGAGUCAAAGGGUUUUAAGUUAAGUAGAACGAAGACAGAAUACAUGCAUUGCAAGUUCAGUGAAAGCCAAACUGGUGAUAGGGAAGGAGUUAGUUUAAAUGGAGUGGUACUAUCCCAAAGUAAUCACUUUAAAUAUCUAGGAUCAGUCCUUCAAGUAGAUGGGGGAUGUGAGGAGGAUGUUAGUCAUAGGAUUAAAGCCGGAUGGUUGAAGUGGAGACGUGCCACGGGAGUUUUAUAUGAUCGUAAAAUUCCCAAUAAGUUGAAAGGAAAAUUUUACCGUACAGCCAUACGACCGGCUAUGUUAUAUGGUAGUGAGUGUUGGACACUGAAGGAGUCGUAUGCGUCUAAGAUAAGAGUUGCAGAGAUGAGAAUAUUAAGGUGGAUGAGUGGCCAUACUAGACUAGAUAAAGUCCGUAAUAAGAGUAUUAGAGAAAAGGUAGGAGUGGUGCCAAUUGAAGAUAAGUUGAGAGAAGGGAGAUUGAGAUGGUUUGGUCAUGUGAAGCGUAGACAUAUGGAGACUCCAGUUAGACAAAUGGAGCACAUUAGGUUAGAUGAUAGAAAGAAAAAAAGGGGUAGACCUAAAUUGACUUGGAGGAGAGUAGUACAACAUGACCUAGAAGCAUUACACAUUUAUGAGGAUUUAACCCAAAAUCAUUUAGAGUGGAGAAAGCGAAUCCAUAUAGCCGACCCCAAAUCUUUGGGAUAAAAGCUUAGUUGAGUUGAGUUGAGUUGAUAAGAGUCAUGGGAUUAGUAGUUUCCUUGAUCCUCAAAUCAUCAUCACAUUUCCUAUCUCCUGCUUUUGUAUGCUUCUGCACAAUAAAAAUAGAGUUGCCAAAUUAGCAACUAAAAAUGAACAAACAUUAAACAGAAUUCAGCUAACUGCCAUAGCAGUCAGCAAAUUUAAAAUGGGAGCAUUAAUACAGUUCAUAGCAGUCAUUCAAUUCUAGUUAAGUAUCUAGGCAAGACUUAAGGCUUCAUUGUUGUUGUAUCUAGGCAAGAUCCCUAACAUAGCCCAGCAAAAUUCAUAGAAUUCAGCUACUAGUCCAAAACUGAUUGGAGAAAGUGAAUACAACAAUAAGAUCAUGUAAAUACUGAAGUAAUCUAGUUUAAUAUUGAAUUGUAUUAUAUAAUUUAUACUGCCCUAGGCCCCUGGCUCAACCAUUUGUUCUGUAUUAUCAUGGUUUUAGCAUUUUUGUUGUUUCUAUUAAUCUUAGGUGCUAGAGGUUAAAAUUUGAAUUGCAUGGUUGACUAGAUUAUUGAUGAGAUUAAAAAUGUCUAUCUUUUAUUUUGUG